ACAGGGCGAUCCCGAAACCAACAGAAGCCUUUCAAUCCAAUGGAAAACAAAAGAAACAUGAGAAGAAUCAUUGCUGAAGAUCAAAACUGGUCCCUGGCUUUGGUUCCCAAUUUAUCCGUCAUUUGUCUGCAGUGCAUUGCGGACACCUUUGAAGAAAAGCAAGUAUUUGAAAAGCUUGCACCCGACCAGCAAGAUUUAAUUCAGGAGAGGCUGUCUCCCUCCCUGCCCCUGCAUGUGACUGCCAACCUGGUCCCCGAUGGGCUUUACUGGAGGCGGUGCUGCGAGCAGAGGUGGAACGUCUGUGACAUCUCUCAUUAUGGCCACAGCUGGAAGCGAAUGUUCCUCGAGAGGCACUUGGAGAACGCGAUCGAACUUUUCAUCCCGGAUGUAACAAAGCCAAAGACGGUUCUGGAUUUGCUCCCUCUUUGUAAAAACGACGUCAGGAGGUUGAACAUCUCGCAGCUGCUGCUGCCUGUAAAGAAGCCCCAGAAGGGGAAGAGGGCGGAGCCGUUUGAAUCAGCCUUCGUCAUUUUUAAUGAGGAAGACAAGGCCUCUAUGGAACACUUUGACUUUGGCCCCGUCUUGGAGAAGCUGAUAAACCUGGAAGAGCUCCAUUUGGUUUAUACUAUCAAACAAUGUGGCAUGAACUUUGAAUGGUCAAUGUUCGAAAUUACUGACAGAGACUGUAGAUCCCUCGCCAUGGCUGUCAAGUCCUGUAAAACUCUGAAGCUUCUGAGGCUUCGUCAAAGCCAGGUGGAGGACGAAAAGUGUCAGGUGCUGGUGAGGUACCUUCUGGACCACCCGUCGCUGAGGCACCUCGACUUAUCCCACAACGUGAUCGGCGACGGCGGGGCCAAAGCUGUUGGCGAGCUACUCGCCAGAAGCAAACUGGAGACGCUCGACCUGUGCAACAACAAAAUCAGCGACCCAGGAGCCAAGGCCAUAGCUCGCGCUUUGUCCAACAAUGUGACCCUUUCGUCCCUCAACCUGCGUCUGAAUCAGGUGGGGGACGGAGGGGGCCAGGCCAUUGCCGAGGCCUUAGAGAACAACACGACGCUGAGUCACCUGCACCUGGGAGGCAACGACGUGAGCUGGAUGACCGCUGUCGCGCUGUCGAAAGUGCUGCUGAAGAACAAAACACUGAAGAGCCUCAAUCUGUCCUGCAACAAUCUUGGAGAGAUCGGAGGUAAAGCUUUGGCAGAGGCGAUGUCUCAGAACAGCACUCUAACAGAAUGUGAUAUCCGCCAGACAGACGUUGACGAGCAGAGUGCUGCCUCCAUUAACGCGGCCGUGUGGGCCAAUCAGAGGGCAGAGUGGGACGAGCAAGUUUAGCAGAGGAGAGGAUGAAACAGCAUCAAGCCCUUAAUGUGAACCUUCAGAAAACUUUCAUUUGAACCUGAGGAUUUACCGUCCUUUCCGAGGAUUUGGUCUUUCAAAAGUUUUAAAGUUUCUGCGUGUUUGUAACAAAUGUUUUAGGAAUAUAAAUUAAAACGGGACAUGCUUUGAUUGCAAUGCGUUCAGGUUAUUAAACACGAAAAGCAUUCUGCAGGAUUUCUAACU